AUGGUUUAGUCGGUUUACUGAAGCUGCAAUAUACCGAAUAGUCCUAUUUUGUUGCCCGAGGAUUAUGCCUUCUUUGUGCACGAAAAUCUCUGAAAAUCAAGGAGGGGAUAGGGCUGUGGCCCCAUCACCCCCUCCUGAGUCAAGUCUGAAUCAGGCCCUGGCUAUUGUUGAGAAAAAAGUGCGAAAUUUAGAGAAGCGAAAGGCUAAGCUUGAUACCUAUCGUGAAAGUAAAGCCGCCGGUAAAGCUUUGAAUGAAGAUCAAAAGCUUGCGGUCAGCAAAUAUGACGAGGUAAGAAGUUUUCUGUCUAGACAAACCAUCUUCUAAACAAUAUUUUGUUUU